UUUUGUCCGUGGGUUGUAAUUGUUAUUUCCUAGUCAGUUAGGUCCCAAAAGUAUAGAAAACAGCUAUUGUCGCAAGAUAACUUUGCUUUUGUGACCAUGGCAGCGCUUAUCUGCGUUUAUUUUUAUGCUUGUUUGUUGAAAACUGAUACACGAGCGCAUACAACUUGUUUUCUCUACAUUUGUGUGUGUUAAAACUAGUGUUGGGCAGUAUCGAUUCCAAAAGUACUCAGUACUCGAUGCUGAAAAGUAUCGACAGUACCCGAUGCUUAAAAGUAUCGAUACCAAAGUAGUAAAUACACAAAAGUACUCGAUACUACCCAACACUAGUUAAAACAACAAAGUCGUCGCAAUAAAUUUUGCAACAUUUUUGUGAUUUAUUGAGAGUUGUUUCUUAUUUUAUUACAGAUAAAUUCGUUCAAACAUGGCUUCACGAGGCUGCAAAUAUCCUGCAGAUGCAUUUUGUUAUGUCUGCGGAUAUUUUAUCAAAACAAGAGCGAAUAAGCACUCUUUGGAAACAGGUUUUAAAAUGUGCGAAGCUUACAAUGCUUAUUUCGGCAUGCCUGUGGGUGAUCAAGACAAAUCCUGGGCACCUCAUUUCGCGUGUGAAAACUGCAAAAGGACUUUGGAAGGAUGGUACAGAGGGGAAAAGAGAGCUAUGAAGUUUGCUGUGCCAAGAGUUUGGAGAGAACCCACUGACCAUUCAAGCAACUGCUUUUUCUGCAUGGUGGACCCUUCCAAACGUCGGACUGGCAAAAAAGCAAGUCAAAUCAUGUAUCCUGACAUUCCUUCAUCCAUGGCUCCAGUUCCACACAGCUCCGACCGCCCCGUUCCUACUCCUCCAGAGAAAGAGCAGGUGUCUUCCUGUGAGAGCCCUGAUUCCAUGAGUGUGGAAGACAAUGAAGGUGAAGGAUUUAAUUUACUAGCUGAUAACAAAAACCCAUACUAUCCCAACCAAAAGGACAUGAAUGAUUUGAUCAGAGAUCUUGGUCUAACCAAGUCCGAUGCUGAACUUUUGACGUCCAGACUGAUGCAGUGGAAUUUGCUGGAUCCUAGUGUUAAAGUCACAUGUCAGAGGAAGCGUCACGAACUUUUGUCGAAAUGUCGAAAAACCACCCGCUUCUGAUUUACUUUUAUGUUUUUGGUUUUCUGAAGUUUUAAUAAAAUUUAGUCUUGAUUUA